AAGGCAGCUCAAACCCAACGACAACACAGGAACAAGAAUAUGAAUAUGUCGUGGAGACAAGCCGAAGCAUCGUCAAAUUUCAAGACAAGAGACUUCGGUUUUGCUUUUUCUUCUCCUUCCUUCUUUAUGAUUACGAAGUCAUCACCUAUCACCUCCCGCACACCUCAUUAAUGACCGUUUGGGAAGUUGGCAGCCCCCUCGACCUUCACCUGCUUCCAUCAAUGAACCCACUCUCCCUCCCUCUCUCUCUGUUUCUCUCUGCGUUUUCUUUCCAUCAGAGGCAGUCCCAUCUGCCCAUUAUCUCAUGACCCUUCCCAAAAAGAAGCUCACAAAUUCCCCAUUUCAGUCCUUCACCUGCCUUCCUUCCUUCAACUGCAUGCACUUUCCGUGCCACUCACUGGUCGCCCUUUGAUUUUCUUCCGCCAUUCCCAUUGCUACUGAAGCUGAGUGUUACAAUUGGGUAGAUGAACGAACUCCUCCCCGCGGAGAUAACAAGGUUGUUGUUUAUAUGCCUCUACCCUUGAUCUGAUCUGCUUGCAUAGGGAGCUUCGGUCGGAAAGAAUCGGGUUUGGUUAGAAAAUCUGAGCGUAAAACCCCAAAGUUUUGAGCUUUCUACACCGAUAAGAUUUCAUUCUUCUGAUACACGGCGAAGCUUUUGUAAGCAGUGACAGAAAGUUUGAGACUUUUCAAGGGAAUGAACAGCUUGAUCUUCUUCUGUAAAGGGCUGCAAGAGAAGUGAAAACCCGGUGUAAAGAAUCACAAUUUGUGGUGAAUACUUAUAGGAUCCAUCAGAGGUUGGAGCAGUCGAAAUUUUUGGGAUUUUGCUCUUACUGGUUGAAGGAAAAUGGUGGGCAGUGUUGAGACUGUUAAUCAUAGUGUGUACUCAAAUGGCUCGGUUCCGAACGGGAACUGCUCGGAAGAGAAGCUCGAUGAGCUGAGGCGACUCCUUGGGAAGGCUGAGGGUGACCCCUUGAGGAUAGUUGGAGUUGGGGCAGGUGCUUGGGGCAGUGUCUUCGCCGCCCUUUUGCAGGACAGCUAUGGACAGUUCCGCGAGAAGGUCCAAAUCCGUAUUUGGAGAAGACCCGGGAGAGCUGUUGAUAGAUCCACGGCAGAGCAUCUUUUCGAAGUGAUCAAUUCGAGGGAAGAUGUGCUCAGAAGAUUGAUCAGGCGCUGCGCUUAUCUGAAGUAUGUCGAGGCGAGAUUGGGAGAUCGUACGCUUUAUGCGGACGAGAUUUUAAAAGAUGGGUUCUGCCUGAACAUGAUCGAUACGCCACUUUGCCCCUUGAAGGUAGUGACUAACUUGCAGGAAGCUGUUUGGGAUGCUGAUAUCGUGGUCAAUGGGUUGCCUUCAACAGAGACUGCGAUGGUGUUUGAAGAAAUAAACCAUUACUGGAAGGAGAGGAUCACGGCGCCUAUUAUUAUAUCUCUAGCAAAGGGAAUUGAGGCCGCUCUAGACCCUGUUCCCCAUAUCAUUACUCCCACACAGAUGAUUAACCGAGCAACUGGGGUUCCGAUGGAGAACAUACUUUACCUUGGUGGACCUAACAUAGCCUCAGAGAUAUACAAUAAGGAAUAUGCCAAUGCUCGGAUAUGUGGAUCCGGCAAGUGGAGGAAGCAUCUUGCAAAGUUUCUAAGGCAAUCUCAUUUCAUUGUCUGGGACAACAGCGAUCUUGUGACUCAUGAGGUCAUGGGAGGAUUGAAGAAUGUCUAUGCCAUUGGAGCCGGAAUGGUAGCUGCUCUAACCAACGAAAGUGCCACUAGCAAGUCGGUGUAUUUUGCGCAUUGUACGUCCGAGAUGAUUUUCAUUACCCAUCUGCUGGCGGAAGAGCCUGAGAAGCUUGCGGGCCCUUUGCUGGCAGACACGUACGUGACAUUGCUGAAAGGUCGUAAUGCAUGGUAUGGCCAAAUGUUAGCUAAGGGGCAGCUAAACUUGGAUAUGGGCGAUAAUAUCAGUGGCAAAGGAACAAUUCAGGGUGUAUCUGCAAUAGAAGCAUUUUAUGAGCUGCUAAGUCAGUUUUGUUUAAGCGUGCUGCAUCCCGAAGAGAACAAGCCUGUUGCUCCCGUCGAGCUCUGCCCCAUCCUUAAAACGCUGUAUAACAUACUUAUCAAGAGGGAACAAUCUGCUGAAGCUAUCCUCCAAGCACUGCAGGAUGAAACUUUGCAUGAUCCUCGGGAAAGAAUAGAGAUUGCACAAAGCCACGCAUUCUACCGACCUUCACUUCUCGGGCAGCCUUGAACGGUUUUUCUUUCAUAGAAUUUGCGGAAGUGUCUUUCAUAGAAUUCCGAGCUUCACUUCUCGGGCAGCAUUUAACGGUUUGUCUUUCAUAGAACUUGUGGAAGUGUAUUUCACAGAAUUCGUGGAAGGAAAAAGUUUAAAAUGAUGAAUCGAUUCCAAAUCAACAUACAAGCAUUUGUAGAGGGGAAAAUUAUCGACACAUAAUGGUCUUGUAAUACAAUUUGUGCUAUUAUCAUUCAAAUUUUUGGUCAUUCAGCU